CUACUAUUACGUGGGGGACUUUUAUUUGAAUUUUUUWAAUCUGAGAAACGGAAGUACUUAGUGCUGCUGACGAAACGCGGAUGAUUUUCCCGGUAUUUCUAGCGCUACACCUAUGUUUUUCUGGGGCAGCAAACACAACUCUUAAUUAGCCACUGAAACAACACAGGGACCACAGAACCACUGGUGUGCAUUUGGACUUGGCACAACUACAGAAGGAGGCAUCCACAGAAAUACAAGCGGAGGGAUGCCGCCAGUGUCUGAAAUAGAGAUGGCCGCGCCAGAGGGGGGAGGCACGGGGGGGUUGUCCCGAGCCGACUGCCUCUGCCCUGUGUGCCUGGAGAUCUUCCUGGAGCCGGUGACGUUGCCGUGCAGCCAUACCUUUUGCAAGCCUUGCUUCCUGGAGACGGUGGACAAGGCCAAUCUGUGCUGCCCGCUGUGUCGCAAGCGGGUGUCCACAUGGGCACGACUCAAUGGCAGGAACAAGACGCUGGUCAAUGAUGAGCUGUGGCAGCGGGUGCAGGCUGCGUUCCCCAUGCAGUGCCAACGCAGGCUCAGUGGACAGGAGGAGGAGGAGGAUGAAAACAUAUUGGUCCCCGGACCCAAAGUCAGUCUGCCUGGAGAGGUACGGAGAGAGUAUGAGGAUCAAAUCAGCAAGAUAUUAGAGGAGAAGCGUGCCCUGGAGGAGGCAGAGAGGAAAGCAAGUGAGGAGUACAUCCAGUGCCUCCUCGCAGACGAGGAGGAGCGCCUGGAGAGGAGGCGGCACGAGGAGACGCAGCUGGAGAAUGACAGCAAGCUGGCCAGACUGCUCAGCCAGGAGCUGAAUCCAAUACCUAUCUCUGAAUCACAGAAGAUCAUGCGGACGAACGACAUCACCCCAGCAAUAAAGAAACGGAACACCAACGCUGGGGAUAUAGAGAAGUUCUUGUCCCCUAUUCCACAAAGACACAACAGCAACUCAGAGACUAGUCCCACCUCCAGCUUUAUGGCUAACAAGGAGAACAUCUUGCACUCGGGGAGUAAGCCUUGGUCUUCCAAAGAGCCAGCAAAGCAAACAAUGCCCUUGCUAGAAUUCUACCCAGAGAGCUACCGCACGCCGUGUGAGGCCUCAACGUCAUCAGAGAGUACGGUGUACCAUCUGACCGUCCCCUCAGGAUCUUCACUGGCACGCACACCCCUCCACGGCACCCCGAAGAGAGGAGUGACCUCGGCCAAGAGGAAGAGUUGUGACAUUGACGAGCCAAACGAAGGGAAAGCAGACGUGGUCAGUAAGUGGCUCUGUCCUUCAUCCUCAUCUCUCCAUGCUGCAGAUAGAGGAGAGGUAGGCCUAGGGGAGAAGGCCCUGCUGCUCCAGGAGCUGGCCCAGAGAGAGGAGGCGCUCUUCAGCCGCAUGCAACAGGAGCAGGAGGACCGGCAGAUGGCUUUCCAGCUGCAGAGGCAGCUGAACCGCGAGGAGGCCGACCGCACAGUAGACCGCAGUAAGGGCUCCAGUGACCAGUACCAGCUCCGCCAGAAACCUGACUCCAGCAGAGAGGGUAGUGGUCGUAGCAGGGCCAGCAGGGGGCGCUCACGCACCUCCACAGAGAACAGGAACACAGUGGAGAGGAGGUGGCUGUCUGGGCCCUCAUCUACCACCAAUAUGGGGGAAAGGAGCUCCACCAUCUCCAGCGCUGCUGCCUCAACCUCCAGGCCACUGAAGAGGGGCAGUAAGCAGGGCACCCUUACUGAGAUGUUCCCCAGUCUGGGCAGCUGAAUCCUGGGUGUUUGGAGCAUCUGCAUUGGCACUGCUCAUCACCUCUUGUUAACUGGUCUUGCCAUAUCGCCUAGAGGGCUCAGGUGGUCAGGAUUGUAAUGGAGUUUAAGAAAGUUUUGUCUGUGCCUUUAUGAACUUAUACCAUGGGGAGAAGAGGGUAGAUAUUGCUUGGACAUUUGACCUUCUGGGAUUUCACUCUGGUUUGAAUGCAUUUCAAGGUCUUUGACAGUUUGGGGGCUCACUGGAAAUGCCAGAGACUGGCUCGAUCGACAUUGUUUUGAUAGUAGGUUCAUUUUACACAUUGUUUUCUCUAGAGAUUUAUAUAAGUGAUUACUUUGAAACAAAAUAAAACAUUUUUGAAAGGUCUGUCUUGUCCUGUGGCAUGUAUUCAUCGAUACCAAGGGAAGCCAUGCUUCCCUAAAUAUUUGACCAAUAAAAUUAAUUGUGUAAAUUUAAAAUUU